GUCGCCGGCCCCGCGCAGGUUGCCUCGCAAGCCGACCGCUCCGCCGCCCCCGUCCUCUGACGCCGCCCGCGGUGCUGCGAGCCGGCCCAGCCGAGCCGAGGGCGCUGUCCUCGAGGCGGUUGGUGAGGGAGUAAGUUGCGGGGGCGGCCGCGGGCUUCGCGAGUGACGGGAGGAGUUCGGGUAUUGACAUAAAGAUAACUACAGCUUUCUGUGAAAAUGUCAGUUCUAAUAUCACAGAGUGUGAUAAAUUACGUAGAGGAAGAAAACAUUCCUGCCCUGAAAGCGCUUCUGGAAAAAUGCAAAGAUGUCGAUGAGAGAAAUGAGUGUGGGCAGACUCCGCUGAUGAUCGCUGCCGAGCAGGGCAAUCUGGAGAUAGUGAAGGAGCUGAUUAAGAAUGGGGCCAACUGCAACCUGGAGGACUUGGAUAACUGGACAGCGCUUAUAUCUGCCUCGAAAGAAGGGCACUUGCACAUCGUGGAUGAGCUCCUCCGAUGCGGGGUGAACUUGGAGCACCGGGACAUGGGCGGGUGGACUGCGCUCAUGUGGGCCUGCUACAAGGGCCGCACCAACGUGGUAGAGCUCCUGCUCUCUCAUGGGGCCAACCCCAGCGUCACUGGUCUGCAGUACAGCGUUUACCCGAUCAUCUGGGCAGCCGGGAGAGGCCAUGCAGAUAUCGUGUAUCUCCUGCUGCAAAAUGGUGCCAAGGUCAACUGCUCAGAUAAGUACGGAACCACUCCUUUGGUUUGGGCUGCACGGAAGGGCCAUUUGGAGUGCGUGAAGCAUUUGCUGGCCAUGGGAGCCGAUGUUGACCAAGAAGGAGCUAAUUCAAUGACUGCACUCAUCGUGGCAGUGAAGGGAGGCUACACACAGUCAGUCAAGGAGAUUCUCAAGCGGAAUCCAAACGUGAACCUAACCGACAAGGAUGGGAACACAGCCUUGAUGAUUGCCUCGAAGGAGGGCCACACAGAGAUCGUGCAGGACCUGCUGGACGCGGGGACGUACGUGAACAUCCCUGACAGGAGCGGCGACACUGUGUUGAUUGGAGCCGUCAGAGGUGGUCAUGUGGAAAUCGUUCGCGCACUUCUCCAGAAGUAUGCUGAUAUCGACAUCAGAGGCCAGGACAAUAAAACUGCUUUGUACUGGGCUGUGGAAAAGGGAAAUGCGACCAUGGUGAGAGAUAUCUUACAGUGCAAUCCGGACACGGAGAUCUGCACGAAGGAUGGUGAAACCCCACUGAUAAAGGCCACCAAGAUGAGGAACAUUGAAGUUGUCGAGCUCCUCCUGGAUAAAGGAGCCAAGGUGUCUGCCGUGGACAAGAAAGGAGAUACUCCUUUGCACAUUGCUAUUCGAGGGAGGAGCCGGAAAUUGGCAGAACUUCUUCUGAGGAACCCCAAAGAUGGGCGGUUGCUUUACAGGCCCAACAAAGCUGGCGAGACUCCUUACAACAUCGACUGCAGCCAUCAGAAGAGCAUCUUAACACAGAUAUUUGGAGCCCGACACCUGUCCCCUACGGAAACAGACGGCGACAUGCUUGGCUACGACCUGUACAGCAGCGCGCUGGCCGACAUUCUCAGCGAGCCGACCAUGCAGCCCCCCAUCUGUGUGGGGCUGUAUGCACAGUGGGGCAGUGGGAAGUCCUUCUUGCUCAAGAAGCUGGAAGAUGAGAUGAAGACAUUCGCAGGGCAGCAGAUCGAGCCCCUGUUCCAGUUCUCCUGGCUGAUUGUGUUUCUAACGCUGCUGCUCUGUGGUGCGAUCGGCUUGCUGUUCACUUUCACACUGGGGCUGAGCCUGGGUGUGGCAGUGUCCCUGAGCUGCCUGGCUCUCUUGUACAUAUUCUUAGUUGUCAUUUACUUUGGUGGACGACGGGAAGGAGAGAGCUGGAAUUGGGCCUGGGUCCUCAGUACCAGGCUGGCCAGACAUAUUGGCUAUUUGGAGCUCUUGUUCAAGCUGAUGUUUGUGAAUCCACCCGAAUUGCCAGAACAAACCACCAAAGCUUUACCUGUGAGGUUUUUAUUUACAGAUUACAACAGACUGUCCAGUGUUGGCGGAGAAACUUCGCUGGCUGAAAUGAUUGCAACCCUCUCGGAUGCCUGUGAGAGAGAGUUUGGCUUUUUGGCAACCAGGCUUUUUCGAGUUUUCAAGACUGAAGAGAGCCAGGGUAAAAAGAAAUGGAAGAAGACAUGCUGCCUGCCAUCUUUUGUUAUCUUCCUUUUUCUGCUUGGCUGCAUUAUUGCUGGAAUCACACUUCUGGCCGUCUUCAGAGUGGACCCAAGACACCUGACGGUGAACGCUGUGCUUGUCUCGAUCGCAUCUGUCGUUGGGCUGGCCUUAGUGCUGAACUGUCGCACCUGGUGGCAAGUGUUGGAUUCUCUCCUGAACUCCCAGAGAAAGCGCCUCCACCAUGCUGCCUCCAGACUGCACAAACUGAAGAGCGAGGGCUUCAUGAAAGUGCUGAAGUGGGAAGUGGAGCUGAUGGCCAGGAUGGCAAAGACCAUCGACAGCUUCACACAGAAUCAGACGAGGCUGGUGGUCAUCAUCGAUGGCUUGGAUGCCUGUGAGCAGGACAAAGUGCUGCAGAUGCUGGACACAGUGCGAGUUCUGUUUUCCAAAGGCCCGUUCAUUGCCAUUUUUGCAAGUGACCCACACAUUAUCAUAAAGGCCAUUAACCAGAACCUCAACAGUGUGCUCCGGGACUCGAACAUCAACGGUCACGACUACAUGCGCAACAUUGUUCAUCUGCCCGUCUUCCUCAAUAGUCGUGGACUAAGCAACGCACGAAAAUUUCUGGUGACUUCAACGACAAAUGGGGACAUUGCAUGCUCAGACGCCCCAGGGCUUCAGGAAGACGUCGACAGAAGAGUCUCACAGAACAGCCUGGGGGAAUUGACAAAGCUCGGGAGCCGGACAGCCCUCAACAGACGGGAUACCUACCGCAGGAGGCAGAUGCAGAGGACCAUCACCCGUCAGAUGUCCUUUGACCUCACAAAACUGCUGGUCACCGAGGACUGGUUCAGCGACAUCAGCCCUCAGACCAUGAGAAGGUUGCUCAACAUUGUUUCCGUGACAGGGCGGUUACUGAGAGCCAAUCAGAUUACUUUCAACUGGGAUCGGCUGGCGAGCUGGAUCAACCUCACUGAGCAGUGGCCCUACCGCACCUCGUGGCUCAUCCUGUACCUGGAGGAGACCGAAGGUGUUCCCGACCAGAUGACCUUGAAAGCCAUCUAUGAGAGGAUAUCAAAGAAUAUUCCAACAACUAAAGAUGUUGAGCCACUGCUUGAAAUUGAUGGAGACAUAAGGAAUUUCGAAGUGUUUUUGUCUUCAAGGACCCCCGUUCUUGUAGCUCGAGAUGUGAAAACCUUCCUGCCGUGCACCGUGAACCUGGACCCCAAGCUCCGGGAGAUUAUUGCAGACGUCCGCGCUGCCAGGGAGCAGAUCAACAUCGGAGGACUGGCCUACCCGCCCCUGCCCCUGCACGAAGCUCCUCCUCCUCGAGCACCGUCGGGAUGCAGCCAGCCCCCCUCGGUCUGCUCCUCCUCCACAUCCUUCAAUGGGCCAUUCGCAGGCGGGGUGGUGUCCCCGCAGCCCCACAGCAGCUACUACAGCGGCAUGACGGGCCCCCAGCACCCAUUCUACAACAGGCCAUUCUUUGCCCCAUACCUUUACACGCCAAGGUAUUGCCCUGGCAGCUCCCAACAUCUCAUCUCACGUCCAUCUGUAAAAACAAGUUUACCUCUCAGAGAGCAGAGCAGUGGCCUACUGUGUGACGCUGGGUCUGACAGACAGAGACAGGGAUCAGGCCCGGCCACUGGACCAGUGCUGUCCCUGAACUCAAUGAACGUGGACGCUGUGUGUGAGAAGCUGAAGCAGAUCGAGGGGCUGGACCAGAGCCUGCUACCACAGUACUGUGCCACGAUCAGAAAGGCAAACAUAAAUGGCCGGGUGUUAGCUCAGUGUAACAUUGAUGAACUGAAGAAAGAGAUGAAUAUGAAUUUUGGAGACUGGCACCUUUUCAGAAGCACGAUACUAGAAAUGAGAAACGCAGAGAACCAGGUGGUGCCCGAAGACCCCCGUUUCCUCCCUGAGAACGCCAGCACCGUAGCUGCCCACGGGGAGUCCGCCCGCCGGUCCUCACACACUGAGCUGCCGCACACUGAGCUCUCCGGCCAGGCGCCCUACACGCUCAACUUCAGCUUUGAGGAGCUCAACACGCUGGGCCUGGAUGAGGGGGCCCCAAGGCACAGCAACCUGAGCUGGCAGUCGCAAACUCGCAGAACACCGAGUCUCUCGAGUCUCAACUCGCAGGACUCCAGCAUCGAGAUCUCCAAGCUGACAGACAAGGUGCAGGCCGAGUACCGGGAUGCCUACCGAGAGUACAUCGCGCAGAUGUCCCAGCUGGAAGGGGGCCCGGGCUCUGCCGCUGUCAGUGGCCGCUCCUCCCCACACAGCACCUACUACCUGGGGCCCAGCUCGUCGGGGGGCUCGAUCCAUUCCGGCCUGGAGCUGGAGAAGGGGAAGGAGGGUGAGCCGAAGCCAGAUGAGGCACGGAAGCCCUUCUUGGCGAAGCGCACAGAUGUCCUGGACUACUCAUCCUCAGGCGUGUCCACGAGCGAUGCAUCACCCCUAGACCCCAUCACGGAGGAGGAUGAGAAGUCCGACCAGUCGGGCAGCAAGCUGCUCCCGGGCAGGAAGGGUGCUGAGAGGCCCAGCCUCUUCCAGACAGAGCUGAAGCUGAAGGGCGGCGGGCUGCGGUACCAGAAGCUGCCCAGCGACGAGGAUGAGUCUGGGCCCGAGGAGUCGGACCACACGCCAUUGCUCAGGGACGACAAGGACAGGAAGGCUGAGGGCAAGGCCCCGGAGCACGGCCCCGAGCCCCUGCGGACCUUCGCCAAGGCCAAGGAGUACCUGUCGGAUGCGCUGCUGGACAAGAAGGACUCGUCAGACUCGGGGGUGCGCUCCAGCGAGAGCUCGCCCAACCACUCUCUGCACAAUGAGGCAUCCGACGGCGCACAGCUGGAGAAGGCCAACCUCAUCGAGCUGGAGGACGAGGGCCAUGGUGCCCGGCGGGGGCUGCCGCACAGCCUGAGCGGCCUGCCCGACCCUGUGCUCGCCCGAAUGUCCAUCUGUUCGGAGGACAAGCAGAGCCCUUCCGAGUGCAGCCUCAUCGCCAGCAGCCCCGAGGAGGGCUGGCCCGCCUGCUCCCGGGCCUACAACCUCAACCGCACGCCCAGCACUGUCACGCUCAACAACAACUCCGCACCUGCCAACAGGCCUGGACAGGGCUUGGAUGACGUGGAGGGUGUGCGGGAGACCUCGCAGGUCCUGCUGCGGCCCAGCUCUGGCCCCGGCCCCGGCCCCAGCCCCACCACGCUGCAGAAUGAAAAUCUCAAGAGCUUGCCACACAAGCGGGGUCCGCGCACCAGCUACAUCAGACUCCCCAAGGAGCCCUCAGAGCUGCACUCGGGAGCCCCGUCUGACAGCACAGGCUUCGGAGAAGAGAGAGAGAGCAUCCUGUGAGAUGCCUGCCUUUCGGGGAGCAGCGCCUCCGUCCCGCAAGAGCACCCGUCCACGCUGUCCCUGCCCACCCUCCCUCCCUUCCUUCCUUCCAGACCACAGCCCGGGGAGGCGGUCACCAGCUGGCCCCUGUCCAGUUCUCCCUGCUCUUAUCAGACCUUUCUUUCUCAUGCAGUGCAGUCAGCAUCUCUGAGAGGAGAUCUGAGGAGAGAGCCAGCUCAGAGACAUUGAACCAGCUUCGUUUGCAAAAAAAAAAAAAAAAAAUCUAGGGAUCCCUUUUCAGAACAUGCAUUCAUCAAACAUGGAAGGAAGACCUGGUGCUGGAUGGAGCAGAAGCCAGUCUCCCUCCUGAGGCUUUAAUAUAGAGAAGAAAUGUAGGAUCUGGAGCAGCGCAGACUCAAGGUGGAUGGAUGCCCAGUGAGUUAGGAGCCUCAGUUCAUUCUAAUAGGAAAAUUGCUGUCAAAGAGAUGUGAAACUUUAAGUAGAAAAUACAGAAUGAUAAGGCUUUAAAAAUGGACGAGGAGGGCCAAGGAUUUAGCUUAGUGGUUCUGCCGCCUGCCUUGAAAAUGCAAGGUCCCAAGUUCAAUCCCUGGUACCAAAAAACAAAAAAAAAAAUUGGAUGAGGAAACCCAGGUAUGAUGGCACACACUGGUAACCCCAGCACUCUGGGAAGCUAAAGCAGGAAGAUUGCAAGUUGGGCCACUCGGCAACUUGGCGAGACCUUAUCUCAAAAUAAGAAAGCGUUGGGGAUGCAGCCCAGCAUGAAGGUCCUGGGUUCAGUCCCUCAGACCCUCAGAGCUGAUGAGAAAGUGAGCCAGCAGUGGAGCUCUUGCCCAAGGCCCAGGUCUCUCAUCCCAGGGGCCCAGCCUCCAUUCCAGCACCUUCCAGCCAAGCCUGAGCACCUUAUACAGGAUGUGCAGCUCUCAUCCACUGGUGCCAGCCUUUCUCAGUGAACUGAGCAUCUCGAAUUCUUCUCUGGAGAGAACUGGGGAGGUGUGGGUAAGAACAGACACAAAAAGUUCAUGGGAUGAAUGUGUGAGGAAAUCGUAUCAGAAAUGUUGGUAGCAGCUGACAAAUGGCCAGGAAAUAUUUAAUAGACGAAACAAAGCCGUUAUCUCCUAUGGCAGGUCACAGUUUACUUCUUUCGUCUGUUGCUAAAUCAGCACUAAUUCUGGAGGAAUACUAUAAAAAAGGAAAGCAUUUAAAAGUAAAAGCAAGAGGAACAUGAAGCUAAAACUGGAGUGACCAUAGAUCUUGCUGCUUUGUGCUUCUGUGAGCCCAGCUCACAGAAGAGACCACUGAGGUGGACGUCAGCAUGCAGUGAACUUCCUUCUUGUUCCAACAGCUCACUGACAGGAGGCAAGGGCGGGACGCACAUGGGACAGUGGGUGUGGCUGGCUGGCCCUGGGCUCCUCCUGCAGCAUUCAUCUUCAUAGGAAGUGGCGCCUCAGUUCUUAAAUGCUUCUGCUGGCAGUUUGAUUCGCAGACAGAAGCAUUUGGUAAGAUUUUGUUUUUGUUUGCAAACUCUGCAUCGGGUAACGAACACAACCACAGCCAUCUUUCCCCAAGUCAAAUUAAGUUGGAGAGCCGAGGCCCUGCUGUACCGGGAGCCAUCUUCGUGGUCCGUCCUCAAGCUGACUCCUGCCCAUCUGCCCAGUGCCGUGGUGUUUGGGUGUAGUGAGCAUUUCCGUAAAGUGUGUGUUCUGCAUGAUCUUCAACAAAUACUGUAAGCACUGAAGAAGGCAGGAUGUAUCUGCAUUGUAUACUGAGGUGGUAACAUUUUAGUGUCCUAUAGCGCCACUCUGUGUGCUUAGUGAUUCUUUGUGGCCCUCUUGUACUCUCGGGUGAGUAGUGCCGCUCCCUGUCGUUGGCGACAUUUGUGUCCAUUUGUGACAGUGAUGCCGGUGUUAAGUAUACAACUAGAUUCAGAAAACAAUAAAGAACUGCAUGCUA